AGGUGGGGUAUGAGAACCGAUAGAUGUACUGAAAAUAUCCCAGAAGCAUCCUGAAGAAGGUUUAAGCAGGCGAUGAGUAGAAAGGUUUUCUACAGUGUACAGAAGCCCCACGAAGAAAUAAUCAACGCCAAUGAGCAGGAGAAUCAGUCCUACAACCAGGAAAGUCGGGAAGACGCAUUGAAGCCGGAAAUGGAAGCAGAAUCCGAAGAAGAAGCGUUUGAGGAUGAAGAAGCAUCCCCCAAAGACAUUUGUGGGGCAGAGACGAGACACGAUCUGGAAAUGCCACAUGACAAAGCGGAAAACAAAGAUGAUCAAGCCUAUGGCCUGGAAGUGCCUGAGAAAGCCAUGAAGAUGGAUGAAUAUGUUCAAGAAAAUGGCUUUGAAAGGCGUGAAAAUAGCAGAAAGAACGAUGUCAAGGAGCUGUCUUCCGAUGAAGAAUCCUUUAUGGAGCAGACGGCGGACAGCGUUCAAGCCCUGACUGACGCAGAUGGGGAGAGGGAAAAGCUUCAAAAAGAUCUGUUGAUUCGUAAAGGCAGAAUCGCUGUUCUCGAAUUGAUCAGAGAAAAGAAGUUGAAUGUGCGUUAUGCACCGCAAUUCCUGCAACAGUUGGUGGCACAGACCCAGGGCACCACUCCGGACAAUGCACAAUAUUUCCUACAGCAGAUUAUCGCAGAGCAAAAGGAGAGCCUGGACCGCAAGGACGGAGAGUCGCUCAAGAAGCUGAUCAAGACAAAGAUAUCAAUGAACAAAGAGACCAUCAUACAGAUGUGGAUCAAGGAGUACAAGGACAGAAACCCGUUGACCCUGCUGACCGAUUUCGAUUUGGAGCAUUUGGCCAACGGAGAGUCGAUUUUUCAGGAGAUGACCCACGACCAGAUGCUGGCCUACAACACGGUGGAGGGCCAACGACUGGAGACGUGCAUGCUCCUGUACAAGGGCAUUGCCAGCGGCCUCUUGCUGGCCCUUGGCGGCAUCGUGUUGUGCGGCUUGCUGGAUUCCUUGUUCGGUUAGCCGGACAGACACUGGAUGGGAAGGCUACAACAAAAUUGAGCAUGCAGUUUAGGCAGCUACAAAAUUGCAAGGUUACAAAGAAUUCUUUGACAAUUGAACUCCCAAAUCAUUAAAAUGUAAUUACAAUUA